AUGUUUUUAGUAUUGGCCGCGCUGAUCUGCCGUGUCGCGGCAUUUGACGCAGCAUUUGGCUUACAGAGACCAUUUUCAAGCCCGUUCUACUCUCGCACACUGCAAGAAACCUCAUCUGAACCGCAGGACGUGAAUAUUGUUCGGAGGUUCGAUAACUCAUACGAAGUUCCAUUGACAAAUAUCGAUAACAGCUACUACCAGCUCAGUCUUGCCAUUGGGACACCUCCGCAGCUGAUUGCUGGUGCUUUAGAUACCGGGUCCUCUGAUGUGUGGGUUUUGGGUAGCAGUUGCUCUGGUGGGUACUACUCGAAUUGUUCUGUUGAAGAUGAUAAUUUUCAAACUUUCUCAUCUUCGACAUACACAGCAAACGAUACUCUUGAGUUCAAAAUCCAGUAUGGUGAUGGAACAUAUGCGUUCGGGUUCUGGGGUCAUGAUACUGUCUCUCCUGGUGGCCAGUUUGAGAUUAAAGAUCUUAGUUUUGCCGUUGUCAAUGACACUAAUGCAAGUGAUAUUACUGGGAUAUUUGGAGUUGGCCUUGCGGAUUUGGAGCAGACUCUGGAUAGCCUGACUUCGCCAUACAACUAUCUCAAUUUGCCAGCCAAGAUGAAAGCAAACGGGCUCAUCAAGAAGAAUUUGUACUCACUGUUUCUCAACAAUGUCAGCGCACCACACGGCUCUAUACUGUUUGGUGGUAUUGACCAUUCUAAAUACACAGGAACCCUCGAAACCGUGAGUCUCACCGGCCACAAUUCCACCACCGUCAAAAGCUUCUUGAUCGAAUUUGCAGGUGUUUCAUUUGGCAAGAAAACGCUGGCACACGGCGCUUACUAUGGCUUGCUCGAUUCAGGAACUACCCUUUUAUACGUUCCCGGCGAUAUUCUUGAAUCUAUGGCAGCUCAAAUCGAUUCCAAGUGGUCUGACUACUUUGGCUACUAUGUUACUGGGUGCAAUAUUCCUGAUCCAGAUGACGGAUACGACUUUCAUAUCGGAGGAAUCACCAUCAAAGUGCCUUUUAACCAGUUACUCGUGACAAUGUCUGAUGAUCCCAGUGAAUAUGAAUACAAAGGUGACCAAUUGUGUGCUUUGGCGAUGGCAGAGGCCAGUUCAGACGAUGUCUUCACCUUUGGUGAUUUCUGGCUAAGUUCUGCGUAUGUUGUGUUUGAUCUGGAUGACCUGGAAGUGCAGAUUGCACAGGCGAAAUACAGCACGUCGGCUCAGGACACGAGUGUUUUGCAGUCUAAGACAAAGAGCUCUGUGUACACGAAAUCUUCACCAAAUUCGUCUGUGAAAUCAUUGACUACAUCGUUGACAGGACCAGUUUCUUCAGCUUCUCGAGGACAUUCAAGCUUUAUUUCUUCAAGUUCGGUUGUUCAGCAUCGUACUUCUAGUUUGACUUCUAGUUUGGCAGGAACUUCUACGAUAUCACCAGUAUCCUCUCGCUUAGCAGUUUCUUCUGGCUCAAGUGCCAGCAGCCGUUUGAAAGUUACAACCACGCCUGUGUCUGGCUUUUCCAGCUUACCAGCUUCUUCUAGCUCAGAUUCUGAAUGUGCAUUUUCUUCAAAUACAGCCUUGUCAUUCAAAGCGUCAACUUCUUACUUGAAGAAAUCCAGUUUAGCACCUAUUGCACCAUAUCCGCUAGUUUCGUUGGUUUCCACCUCAAAGCUGGCAUCAUCUCCAUCUCCAUUUGCACCUCCAAACCAUUCCACCCAAUCGUUCUCCACCUACUCAGACAUAAGUUCAAAAACUUGGGGCUCGUCUUCUUGGAAAUCUAUAUGGAGCCAGAAAAGCAAGACCAGCCGUGCGAAUAUUUCGUCGGCAGUUGUCAGCAGCUUCACUGGUGCAGCUGCACCGGUGUCUUCUCCCAAAGUCGAUUUUGAGCUGUUUGCAUUGGUUUCGGUUGCCGUUUCAUUGUUGGUUAUGCUAUAG